CUUCAUUCACACCCCCACCAACGCAUCUCUUUAUCCUCUUUUAACGAAACGACAACAAAAAGCCACUAAGAAGAAGUAGAAGCUUAUCUCAUUCACUCCCUCCUUUGCCUCUCUGUCUCUGUGUAUUUGAAUGCUACUCUCACAUGGCGCUAACUUUAACUUCCUCCUGCUCCUCUCUCGCACUGGAACAUAAUCUCUCUUGCCUCCAUAAAUGCUCCAAGGAGGUUGAACUCAAGCAAGUCCAUGCUCGGAUGCUCAAAUCCGGCUUCUUCCACGAUCAUUACGCCAUCACUAAGUUUCUUUCUUUCUGCCUCUCUUCUUCCACCUUUUCUUCUUAUGCCCAAGACGUUUUUCUCAACGGUUUAGAUCGUCCAGAUACUUUCUUGUGGAAUCUUAUGAUCAGAGGACUCUCCUCCUCUGACCAACCCCAAUCUUCUCUUCUCCUCUAUCACCGCAUGCUCUCCUCUUCCGCUCCUCAUAACCCCUACACCUUCCCCUUUCUUCUCAAAGCUUGUUCCAAUCUCUCUGCUUUUCAAGAAACCACUCAAAUCCACGCACAGAUCAUCAAACUUGGAUACUGGAAUGAUGUAUACUCAGUCAACUCUCUCAUUAACUCAUAUGCUGUCACCGGCCACUUCAACCACGCUCGCCUUCUCUUUGACAGAAUCCAAGAACCCGAUCUUGUCUCCUGGAACUCUGUCAUCAAAGGCUACGCAAAAGCUGGAGAUAUGGAUACCGCUUUAACGUUAUUCAGAAAGAUGCCGGCAGAGAAGAAGAACGCUAUCUCAUGGACUACGAUCAUCUCUGGGUAUGUUCAAGCAGGAAUGAACAAGGAAGCUCUGCAACUAUUCCAUGAAAUGCAAAACUCUAAUGUUCCCCCUGAUAAAGUUUCUCUAGCUAGUGCUCUCUCAGCUUGUGCUCAGCUUGGGGCACUCGAGCAAGGGAAAUGGAUCCAUUCCUAUGCUAACAAAGCUAAAAUCAGUAUUGAUUCCGUCUUGGCUUGUGUUCUUAUAGACAUGUAUGCAAAGUGUGGCGACAUGGAAGAAGCUUUGAGAGUUUUCAAGGACAUGAACAAGACAAAAUCUGUGCAAGUAUGGACAGCUUUGAUUUCCGGUUACGCGUACCACGGCCUUGGUGGAGAAGCAAUUAGCAAGUUCAUGGAGAUGCAAAAGAUGGGAGUGAAACCAAACGCAAUCACUUUCACUGCGGUGCUCACUGCUUGCAGCUACACAGGACUAGUUGAAGAAGGUAAGUCAGUAUUCUACACCAUGGAGAGAGAUUACAACCUGAAACCGACGAUCGAGCAUUACGGCUGCAUGGUUGAUUUACUCGGUCGAGCUGGGCUGCUUGAUGAAGCAAACCGUUUCAUUCAGAAAAUGCCUAUGAAGCCAAACGCUGUGAUAUGGGGCUCGCUCCUCAAAGCCUGUCAGAUUCACAAAAACAUUGAGUUGGGAGAGAAAAUUGGAGAGAUAUUAAUUGGAAUGGAUCCAAAUCAUGGUGGGAGAUAUGUUCAUAUGGCUAACAUUCAUGCCAUGGGAAAGAAGUGGGACAAGGCAGCUGAAACAAGAAGACUGAUGAAAGAACAAGGAGUUGUGAAAGUUCCAGGUUGUAGUACAAUUAGCUUGGAAGGGACCACACACGAGUUUACAGCAGGAGACAGAUCACACGCUGAGAUUGAGAAAAUUCGAACUAAGUGGAGAAUGGUAAGAAGGAAACUUGAAGGAAACGGGUACGUACCGGAGUUAGAAGAUAUGCCGCUUGAUCUAGUUGAUCAUGAGGAAAGAGAGGCUAUUGUCCAUCAGCACAGCGAGAAACUGGCUGUAACGUAUGGGCUAAUGAAGACUAAACCGGGGACAACAAUACGUAUAAUGAAGAAUCUCAGAGUAUGCAAAGACUGUCACAAAGUAAUGAAACUGAUCUCAAAGAUCUACAAGAGAGAUAUCGUAAUGAGAGAUAGGACAAGGUUCCAUCAUUUCAGAGAUGGGAAAUGCAAUUGUGGGGACUACUGGUGA